AUGGAGGACGACGAGAGUUUGUCUCACCAGCUGGUAAACAAGCUGCUGAUCGAGGAGAUUGAAGUGGAUGAUGCUUUGAAGGAGCAGAGGCGUCAGCGUGCUUCUGCCGAGGUGCUUGCUGAUCGGCUUGCUUCUGAGGAGAGCGCUGCUUUGCCCUCGGGCACUUCUACUCACACAGAUCGCCUUCGUGACCUCUAUCAGCAUACUCUAGGUCCUUCUGUCGUUGGUCAACCUUCUCAAGAGACUUCUGCCAAAAAAGAUCCCGUCGUUGACGCUGCUGGCGAUGCUCCGAAGCCUUCUCCUGCGCCCGUCAAAGAAGAUGAUGGUCACGAAGAAGAUGACGAUGAUCUCUACCGAGAUGACGGCGUCACCAUCCACCGGCGGCCCAUGGCUUCUCUUGCCCCUGCCGUUGCUGCUCCCCCUGCGCCCGUGACGGAUGAUGAUGAUGAUCUUUAUCGUGACGAUGGUGUGACCAUCAACCGGCGGCUCGCUCCCUUUCCCACUCCCCUCGAAGGCAACGACAAGAAACUCUCCCGUGACGACAAAGCCAUCUCCCAGUGGCAGAGAACCCUCAAGACCUCCUCUCGUGGCAGGAGACCCUCCGGAAUCCUCGGCGAUGGAGAAGCCCGUCGCAUCGCAGCCGAAGCUCGCCGUCGUGAUCCCCUCUCCAGCCUCCCCGUGGAAGCCAACGACCGCCGCCGUACUGUUUGUGGCCUUACUCAAGUCCUUGGUGCUCCUGGUCGACGCUCUCAGCCUGUUGUUAUUCAUGAAGACAACGACGAGGAAGAUCUUAUUUCGUUUGAGAACACUGUCACAUACCGUCCUGGAACUCAGCCUGAUAAUUCUUCUCUUGGCUCCAUGGCUUCUGAUUCUCAUAUCUCCGGAAUCUCUUCUCUUCAAGCUCAGCAGUCUCAACCUCUUCGUCCUCAACCUUCUCCUCCUGUCAACUCUCUUCAGUCUAUCUCUUCUGGCCUUCUUAACUCUGGAUCGUCCUCUACUCGUCCCCAGACUUCUCGCCCUGAGACUGCUCCUCUUCAUUCUCGGCCUUCUGCUUUUCUUCGAUCUGGAACAUCUUCUCGCCACAAUCAGUCUUUUUGUCCUAACAGUUCUCUUCGUCGACCUGAACCUUUUUCUAUUCAUUCCGAGACGUCUUCCACUAAUUCUCAGCCUUCUCGUCCGGAAUCUUCUUGCACCGAGACCUCUGUUCGUUCUAGUGGUACCGUUCUUCGAGCUGAGACCUCUUAUUCUCGACCUCCUCGCUCUCAGUUUCCUAGUUCUGUCUACUCUGAGACUGCUGGUGCUUUUGAUUCUGAGCCUUCCUACUCCCGAACCCCCGAGAUCACUUCUGUUGGUUCGCAGACGAGUUCUCUUCGCCCUCAGACCAAUUUCCCUCACCCUCAGCCUUCGUCUUCUCGCUUUGGGGGGCUCUUCGCAAACCCUCGACCCGAAGACAAUGUCCGACCCCAUGGCGCCAGUGCAGAGACCGAUCCCGACAAGGAGAACGUCUACUGCCACGCUUGCGGAAAAGACGUCGAGGGGUCUGUCGUGCUUUGCCCGUGCGGCCACUACUACUGCCCCCAGUGUCUUGGCCGGAUCGUCGAGUCUUCUGUUGGCGGAGACUCGUCCCCCUUCCCGCCUCUCUGUUGCGGCAAGCCAGUGCCGGUCGACGUCAACUCGACCAUCUUCGACAAGGACGUCCUCAGGGCGUUCGUGGAGAAGAAGCUUGGCUUGCCAUUGUCGGAGAGGGCAACUCGCGCGGCUCAGACCUUGCCGCCUGCUGUCAAGAGGGGGGAAAGCAGUGCCAGCGCUGCAGACGUCUUCUCGGCCAGUAUGAGGCCGUGUGCCCUUGUGGCACCACCACCACCAGCGUCGCCCCCUGGCGACCCAGUGGCCCCGGCCCCCGUCCCGCUACCAGCGGUUCGGGCUGCCCCCAUUUCGAGUGGGAUACUCGAAAUGGGGCAGGCACCUGCAACAGGUGCGGCGUCUACUUGGGGCGUUUCCAGAUGGUGUGCCGAGGUUGCGGCGUCCAUGUAUGCAUGGACUGCCGCAACUUCAUGCGUGGUUAGGUGGACGAGAGGGGGUGGUUGGCUUUUGUGGUUAAGUAGUGGCAAGACGAAAUAA